GGCGCUUUUAGUGCAUAUUUUUUUGUCGGCUUAAAACUUUAUGCAUAUCUUAAUCUAGAAGAAUUUAUAAAAAAUUAUAAAAACUAUAUGCCGCGUAUCUGUGCAGAUCGUGUGUUGUAUAUAGAAAUUGAGCGGUACCUUGAGGCAACGUGAAAAAAGAAAACAUGUGUGCCUAAAAGGUGGGGCCAGCGUCAUGAGCAGCAGCAUCAAUCGCGGAGCGGAGGGUGAUCAGCCCCCGCAGCCGCCGCAGCCGCCGUUGCCUCAUGAGCUGACCGCCGAGUGGACAGUGCGUGCACAGCUGACAUUCGCGCGGGCGGGCGGUGAGCCAGUGCAGCGGGAGUUUAGCGCGCAGGAGCCACUGCAUCCGGUGCGUGUCGUGUACAAGUUGUGCACGCCAGCCGCAGAGGAGCACGAAACAGAGCCGGAGAAGGCAACGGCUGCGACAAGCUUUCGCAGCACCAAUUCCUCGGCCACAACCUAUGCGGAUUCGGCAUUUGGCAGUCCGCAGGCCUCGCGACACAUACAGCCAACGGGUGAGGCGACGCCCGGCGGCGGGAUUACCGCUCAGAUGUGCGGCACGCGUUGCCGCAGCACCUGCAACAUUGUUGUCUCCGCCGUGGCGGAUUUUCUGCCGCAGCAGCAACAGCUGGAGGCGGCACUCAAUGAGCCCUUUGUCUAUCACAGCAAGGUGCAUGCGCAGCAGCUGCGCGAUGCCUGCUCACAGACCAGCGAUUCGGAGGAGCGGCAGCAGCGUCGGCCCGCCUAUGAACAGCGACGGGCCACGACCGAGGGGCUCAUGAAUUUUGCCAACAGGCGUCAUGCGGAGGAGGCGAACACCUAUGUGCCAACCUACUCGCCCACGCCGACGCCUGUUACGCCCUCGUCCACAUUCAAGUCGGCCUCGAUGUCGCGCAUACCGCCGCUGUCAGCGGCUACGUCUCAGUCGACGCCCCGACUGCCUAAUCAGGGCGAGAAAAAGCCGCGCACCGUGCACAUUGAUGUCUAUUGCACGGGCUCCGAGGAGGAUGAGGAACAGGCGGAUGGCGAGGCCUCUAGCUCCGACACGGACAACAAUAAUGAGCACCAUAUGUACGAUCUGGACUCCAAUUCGACGCCACAAACGGUGCUGGACAAUGAGCAGAUGCUGUUGCGGCAUCAGCGCAUCUCGGGCGCCGCUCUGCCGCGUCGCCUGGCACAGAAGUCGCCGUUGCCAUCCUCGAAGCAGCAGCAGCAACAGCAGAAGCUCAAUUUGGGUCAUGCCAUAACCAAGUGCAGCACCGUCGAGGAGGUCAGCGAGUCCAAGCAGCUGCUGUUCCGCAAGCACAUCGGGGAUCAGCGUGCCGCCAAGCUGGCAAAUCUGCGUCAGAAAUAUAUGCGCCAACCGAGCGAUGAGACGCAAAGCAGCGGCGCGUAUCCCAAUUCCUCACGCUCGACUGUGGCACGCGAUGCCACCUGCAGCAGCGUGUCUAGCGUAUUGGCUGGCGACUGUGUGGACACCUCGUGGAAGGACACAGAUGAGGUGGAUACAUCCGGCCAUGCUGCAUUUGCAACGCUCACCAAAUCCGACAGCUUUGACUAUGAGAACUCGCUAGAUCGCGUGCGCAUCCGGCAAAUGGAGCGGCUCUGGUCAAGGCAACACUCCGCAGAGCAGCUGCCGCACCAUCACCAGCAGCAGCAGCAUCACCAGCAGCAUCAGCAGCAGACACUGCCGCUGGGUUCCACCUCGCCGCAUCCGCCGCUGACAACCAUAACGGAGGUGCGUUCGCAGCGUGGCUCGUUCCAGCGCAGCGAUACGCUGCCCUCCGAAUCGGAUGGCUUCUCGGAGAGCAAUGUGGGCUACAAUACCUAUCCAGGCCGGCAGCUGCAGCAGCUGUCGCAUGCUGCACGCAACCGACCAGGUUUUCUGCAAUUCUUUGGUCCGCCCGCAAGUCCUGAGCCGCCGCAGUCAGCGCCAGUUUUAGCUGCACCUGCUGCGGCCGCAGGCAUGGAUCCGUUCAGGCGUCUGCAUCCUGGGUAUCGUUGGAAGAGCGAAGCGCGCGAUAAUCUCAGCGUACAGGCAGCGCCUGGUUCGCCCUCCUCGGAGCGCAGCUCACCGCAGCUGCUUUCGACGGCCAGCACCGUGCUGCGCUGCGGCAGCGAGGCACCACCCAGCACCACAUCGGCCACCACCUUUGGGCACUCCGUGGAGCCCUCGCCGCUGCCCGCGCGUCGCUUUCAGAUCUCACGCGAUAGUCCGAGCUUGGUCAGCGAGGCCUCCACCGUUGUCUCUGGCUAUACGCACGAGCAUCUGGAGAAGGCGCGUCGCUUCGGCAAUGUGGUUGCCAUGCGCAAGCCGGGCCAUCACGUGGGACCCACCAAGAAUCCCAACUGCCAGUGCGAGAGUUGCCAGCGCUGGCUGGCCGAACGUUUCCAGCUGCGCGGACGCGCCUUCUCUUUGGGGGAGCGCCCAAUGCUGCGACGACCGCAGCCUUAGUUGGAUUAGCUUUAGGAAUUGAAUAUUUCAAAGAAAACCAUGGCAGAGUCUGAAAUAUGUUACGAGAGAGAUUAAUGUAAAUGUCCGUCUGCUUGUGAUUUAAUAAGAAUUCUUUUAGAAACGAUUUAACUCAUUAGAAGCUAUACUUAAGAAGAAAAAGAGAAUGAAAGUUCUUCGAUAAGUUUAUCUUCGGAAAAGAAAAUAUAAGAAAUCCCUCGAAUCCGUUUUAUUUCUCGAAGUGCAAUAAUGAGUUUCUCAUUCGAAAUGCAUUCAUUUAAAAUCAAAUUAAAA